CCUGUCUCCUUCUCAACAGACCUGACUACUCCUUCAUUUCUCUCCCCUUUCCCUUCCCCAAAAAGACAAAACCUCUUUCAACUCCUGGGACGAGCAGUUUCUCAACCGUCAGAGGGCCCAACUUAGAUCUCUCAGGGUUUCCACUUUUCUUUUUGGCCUUCUCCGCUCCACAAAAACCAGAAACGUGUUAGUCCUCCCCUCUUCCUCCACUGUGGGAUCAGACCUCCUUCACUCGGCGAGGACAGCGGAGCGAACCAUGCCCUCCGACUUUCUUACGCCUUUCCUGGAACUGGACGAGGAGUUCUUCAAGAAUUUCCGUGGCCUGGAGGCGACAGAUGGCUCGUCAAGCGGCUCGCAGCAGCACGGUCAGAGGGUCCUGGGCUUCCAGCGUCGCCAUUCUCUGUGCCCCGUGACCCUCCCCAACUCCAAGUUCAACAACAACAACAACAACAAUAACAACUACAGCAGCUCUGAGGUGACCAACGCGGCGGCCGGCUGGGGGCUCAACGUGGCCUCCAGCCCGGCGUGGAGCGGGGAGAGUCAGCUUCCCCGCUCCACGCUCAGCCACAUCCCCUUCAGGGUCGACCGCUCCGUCAGCAUGAUCGAGGGCAACGUCGGCGGCGGCAUGGGAGGCAGAGAGGACCAGAUGGCUACGUUGUCCCCGAAGCUGGUGCUGCCACCGCCGGGCUUCUCUCUCAGCAACGCCUCCCUCUCCUCCCUCGGCUCCCCCUCGGCCUCCAGACCGCCGGCCCCCUCGCCUCACAUCUCCACGCGCUACAAGACCGAACUCUGCCGCACCUUCGAGGAGAGCGGCACCUGCAAGUACGGCGCCAAGUGCCAGUUUGCCCACGGCAUGGACGAGAUGAGGGGCCUCAGCCGCCACCCCAAGUACAAGACGGAGCCGUGCCGCACUUUCCACACAAUCGGCUUCUGCCCGUACGGGGCCCGCUGCCACUUCAUCCACAACGCCGACGAGGUCCUCGACGGAAACGGCGGCGCGCCUCCCCAGGAGCAGAAGACGAGGCCUCCCCUGCUGCGCCACAGCUUCAGCUUCGCAGGGUUCUCCUCCUCGCCGCAGACUUUCCAACCAGUUGAGGAGUCGCAGCCUUCCUCCCUCUUCUUCGCCCGGGCCUCCUCCGUCUCCCCUCCUCCUUCCUCGGCAGGGAGCCCGGAGCUCCUCUCUCCUCUCUUCACCAAGCCGGGGACCCUGAAGCAUUGCCCCUACCCUUUCUCCGGAAUCCCCGACCUGGACGCCGGCGACUCGGCUCUGCGGUUCUACGCCGUGAAUGAUUCCAUCGGCACCAGGUGUCCGACGUCCGCUUUCGCCUCCAAAAACCCGAACCUCGCGUACCACCAGCAGCUGCUGCCGGCCUCCCUGACCGGCCUGGCCGGCCUCCAGCGCUGCUCUUCGGCGGACUCCCUCUCUGAGGAAGGCUACACCUCCUCCUGCUCCCUCAGCUCUUCCUCCAGCGGCACAGAGUCGCCGAGCUUCGAGGGCCGACGCCUGCCCAUCUUCAGCCGGCUGUCUGUCACAGACGAGUAGGGGAGGGUUUUUACUGUCGGGCUGGAUUUACAGCUGGACAGUCUCAUUGUUUAAAUUGAUUGGGUUUUGUGUCCGGUCCAGAAACAAGUUCAGAUACAAGCCACGAAGGGUUAAAACAUUAGGUAUUCCGCUCCUCCUUUAAUCUAGCCUGGUAAACGUACCUAACUUUGUGCAUAUUGCAUUCCUCAUCCAAGCAGCAGUAGCGCUGCUCAGUGUUCGUCCAGUUUUAGCUGACUUUUUUUCUUUUCUUUUUUGUUUGAUGCUUAUUUUUAUAAAGCUGUUCUUCUAUGCCGCUGUUACUGCUGUAUACUGUUGUAUACCCAUUUUUAGAGGAUACGUUGAGGGAACUUUGCAUAGCUCGGCAUUUUGCUAUUCCUACUGGGUGGGUCGGUUCUGUGUGAGAACUUGUCCUGUUCCCCCGAUUUGAAGAUGAAUGCUGUUUGCCCUUUGUAUGACUGGUGUGCUAUCCACUUGUUUGUUUUUUUAUCAUAGCAAUGUGUUGUCGUUUUAUUGUAACGGAUCUUAUUUGUACUCCUUCCAGUUUGUAGUGACGCCAGCCUGCAGUCAUAUUAGGGCUCUCCAAGUGUGUGAAACCAACCUCUUAUAACUGUAUGCUGCCACUGAUUGAUUCAUGGAUUGGUUGUAUGGCCGUGGCCACGUGAUUGUAUCUGUCAGACAUUUUUACUGCCUGGCAAGGAUUCAGCUUAACUGCCACAAAAAGUGUCGCCGACUCUCUAGUUACCAAAGUUGAUGUUCGAGUUCCCCCUAACCUACUGUUAGCUUAGCCUAGCGUAGCCUUUAACCACGGCAGGUAAAGCACAGUGUUAUGAUUACAGUAGUUAUAGCUUAACAAUUUCAGAGACUUAUUUAUUAUUAUUUUGUAUAAUUUGUUAAGUUUGUUUUGUGGUUGUGUUUAUGCAUUGUUGUUGUUGUUUUUUUUUAAUAAUACCAGAGAAAUUAUGCUUUACUUAUGCAUUUGUGAUGUCCAUCUGCUUGGUUUUUACACUAUCCAGUAGCUUUAAGAAGGCAUGCGGGGAGGAGGGGGAAAAGGAGGAAGAGUAUUAUUAUUUUUGGCAUUCUUUAUUGACUUAUGUUGCCUUAUUGGCUAUUAGGCCUGGCAGAAAUCAGGACUCGCUCCGGGACGUUGGUCCUCUGCAGGGCUCGGCGUGAGUGGCCCAGCGAGUCGCCUCUUCUCUCCGUGAAGCCUCACACCUCUGACUGUAAUGACCUGCUGUUGUCUGCAUACGAAGCAAAGCGGUGGGGAAAGAGGGGUUCGCCACACAUUUGUGUAUAAAGACAUGUAGCAGCUAUCAAGAGAAAUGUCAAUGUUGGAAAGAUUCCAUCUUCCAAUCACACACGUUUGAUUUAUUAGGACUUCUGUCAAUUCCUGUGCGCCGUCUUCUCGUUAACAGGUGGCCUUUUGUAUAUAAUUGUGUUUUUUCUAUCUAUCAGUUGCCUUGAUGACAAUGCGUUUGUAGGUCAACCUCUGUUGCACGCUAGCUAGCUAACGCUCCGUGUGGCAGGUGAAAUCAAGCGAGUUCAAAUGAAAGCAGGCAAAGAUCGGCAUUGCUCGUUUUUCGUCGUGAAGUCAACUCAACCUGCCAACGAAGGAGUCCGGAGCGCUUCUCGUUCGCUGUAGCUAAUUGUUAGCUUGACCCGGCAGCAAGCUGGGGUUUUUUUUUCAACUUUUGUUAACUUAAAGCCUUAUUUAUUUAUUUUUUUCGAAGCAAAACCUAUAUUGUGGUGUUCGAUAUCUUGAUUUUUUUUUUUCAACAUAAUUUAAAUGCAUUAAUUGUUUACAUUCCAUGGGUUAUGUUGAUAUCCUAGCUCUUUAUCUUAAUAUAUUUGUCCCCUUUUAUUUCAAAAUAAAAGUCUUUGAAAAUUAA